AUGUCUGAAACUGCAACAAGUUCAUUAAAAACAUUUGCUGAGAAGCACGCCGAACGAAUGGCACGAUUGAAACAGUUGCAUACACAACGCAAUGAAGCCCGCGCUUCAAACCAUCAAGAGGUCAUCGCGGAGCAUGAGCGCAAGAAGCUGCCUGCAAAUUGGGAGGCUAGAAAACGACAAGCUGAAUGGUUGAUCGGGGAUUUGAAGGCACGAACGGAAGCGAAAGAACAUGGGCUGGAUUAUAAUCGAGUGAAAAUGCUUAACGUAUCCGCCGCCGAAGCAGACCGCAUCGAUAAGCUAAAAGCGAAGAAGAGGAACGCAGAUCCGGGCUUUUCGGACUAUGAAGCACAAACAGCACGACAGUACAAUCGGUUGGUUAAAGCGAUGCCUGCCAGAGAUUUGGAAAAGUAUGACGAGCAAAAGGAAAGGUACGGAGAUGCUUUCUACGGCGGUCCGAACGUUAUACUGCAAGGUUUGCACAAGGACACUCCAGCUGCGAUCGAUAACAUGGUGAAGGACUUGGAAGGGCAGAUAGCCAAGCGUAAAAAGUUCUCUAGAAGACGUACACACAAUGAUGAUGCCGAUAUAGAUUACAUUAACGAAAAGAAUGCCCGAUUCAACAAGAAAUUGGAACGAUUCUAUGGGGAGCAUACGGCAGAGAUCAAACAGAACUUGGAACGCGGUACAGCUAUCUAA